AUGAUGGUGCUGGUGGUGUGGCGGUGGUGCGGUGCUCCUGGUGCCGGUGUCCCCGGCGGCGUCCCCGGCGCCGGCGCCGGCGCCGGUGGCGGCGGUGGCUCCCUGGUGCGUGGUUCGUGCGUGCGACUGGCCGAGGAGUGGGGCCCGGUGCUUCGUCGCUGCACUCCCGAGGGGGCUUGGAGCGGCCCGGUGGGGCCCGGUCGCUGUGCCUGCAGCCCAGGGGCCAGCCCAGACCAGAGCCUCUCAUCCUGCCAACUGUGCGCUGUGGGUCUGUACAAGGCAGAGGGCGGCCUGGGCGGCUGUGGACCGUGCCCGGCUAGGAGCCACGCGGUGUCGCUGGGAGCCACGGCGUGUGCCUGUGAGCCCGGUUACUACCGUGCCGACACUGACGGAGCGCACCUCGCCUGCACAGGGGUUCCGUCCGAGCCGCGGGCUCUCUCCGUGACUCCGCUGACGGCGUCCCCCACGGCCACGGCCACGGCGGCCGCGGCCACAGCGGCCGCGGCCGUGGCCCUGGAGUGGCUGCCGCCGGCCGACACCGGCGGCCGCGACGACCUCCGCUACAACGUCAUCUGCCGAGCGUGUCCCCUGGCCUCGCCCCGCUCACGGCACAGCGGCACGGGCGGCUCCGGCACCGGCGCCGGCGCCGGCUGCAUCCGCUGCGACUCUCACCUGAGCUUCUGGCCGGGGCGGCUGGACCUGCCGGGCACGCGCGUGGAGGUGGCCGGCCUGGCACCCCUCACGCUCUACGCCCUGGAGGUGCAGGCCCUGAACGGAGUCUCCGCCCUCAGCCCAUUGCCUCCACGUUCCGCAACAGCGCAGUACAGCCUGCCCGCUGCAGAAUCCAUGCCAGCCGUUCCCAUAAUGCACCAGGAAGAAUCUGGGCCUCAAAGCCUGACCCUGGUCUGGCCUCCACCUGACCACCCCGUGCUGGGCUACCAGCUGUGUUACUACAUCAAGGGUCAGGACCGUCACGGCAACGCCUCUCGCCUCCUGGAGGUGCCCACUGCUCGUGCCGAGGUGCGAGGCCUCUCCCCCGCCACCGUCUACGCCUUCCGUGUGCGUUCGGUGACGCCCGGCGGCGGCUACGGUCAGCUCAGCGGGGAGAUGUACUUCCAGACGGAGGCCGCGGGGGGGGCGAGGAGGUGGAGGAGGUGGAGGAGGUGGAGACACGGGGCCAACGGACGGGACGGCCGGGGGGUCAGGAUCAGCCACCCGGGCCUGGGAGAAGGUCGCGUUGAUCGUCGGCCUUGCGUCGGCCGGCGUGGCUCUCGUCCUCGCCGUCACCGCUGUGGUCAUAGCCCUCUGCUGCUCCAGGCGGAGAAACGUCCAGAAGCAGCAAGUGUACGAGAUGAGUGACCAGGUGGCCCACUACAAGUCUCGCUACGCGUCCCGACAUGCCAAGGUGUACGUUGAUCCCUACACGUAUGAGGAUCCCAACGAGGCUGUCCAGGAGUUUGCCCGCGACAUCGACCCGGACAGCGUCCAGAUCGAGCGAGUCAUCGGAUCCGGCGAGUUUGGCGAGGUCUACCGCGGCACGCUGCUGGCUCCCGGCGUCCGCAGCGGCAGCGUCCUCCUGCUCGCCACGCCGCCACCUGCCUCCUCCUCCUCCUCCUCCUCCUGCGCCCUGCCUCCACCGGCGUCCUGCCGCCCACUCGCCAGGUCCCCUUCGCCGCCGCAGCAGCCGCAGC